AUGGCUGAAUCUUCUGAUCCACCUCCUCCUCCAUCAAACCCUAAUCACAUGGUCCCACCAAUCCAACAUGCAGAUCCACCUCCACCUCCACCACCAUCUAAAAUUUGCUUCCUUUCAAAAAGACCAAAACUUAGAGUGACCUCUGAGUUUGACAGUGACAGUUCUUUGUUCUUCCACAAAGUUUCCUGCAAGUUAUUUGACAGCUUUGCAAAGCUCAAAUUUUCUUUUCAAAACAACAACAAGGGUGAACUCUCUCAACCCCAGUUUGCUUUCACUUCGAAACUACUCUCCAUUCAUUAUGACCCCGAAGAACAGAAUGCCCUUGUGAAGGGUUCCUUUGAUCUUGGUCCUAAGUUGCAUUUUAAGACUGCCCAUGAUGUCAAGGCACAACAUGGAGAGGUGGCAAUGGUUGCUGACUUGGGUGAUCCUGGUUAUGCACUUGAAAUUUCAUCUCCGGUUCCAACUGUUGGUGUGCCGAGGGCAACACUAAAGUUCCCUCUUGGUGAAGUUUCAUUGGAGGAGAGAGAAGAUGAGGAAGUAAGGAGAACAUUGGCAGUUAGUGGAGUUGUCAAAAGUCAGUUAAUGAAUGGCAUCUGCACUGCUCAAUUUAGUGAUGAAGAUUUGAAACUGAGAUACUGCUACAAGGAUGAGGCACUUUCUAUUGUCCCCAGCAUUUCACUGCCUUCAAAUGCUUUAUCGUUUGCAUUCAAGCGUAGGUUCACUCCUUCCAAUAAGUUGAGCUACUGGUACAAUUUUGAUACUAACAACUGGAGUACUGUGUACAAGCACACCUAUGGAAAGGAUUUCAAACUUAAAGCUGGUUAUGAUUCAGAGGUGCGUCUUGGCUGGGCAUCGCUUUGGGUUGGAGAUGAAGGUGGCAAUGCAAAGACUGCUCCGAUGAAGAUGAAAGUCCAAUUUAUGCUGCAAGUGCCACAAGAUGACAUCAGAACUUCGGCACUAAUGUUCCGUGUUAAAAAGAGAUGGGACAUAUAG